GUCCUACUGAUGCAUCUCCAGAUGAAGGAGUAGUAGAAGAUCUGCUUCUAAUAGAUGAAAAAGCUGUGGAGCAACUAACUGAAGGAUUGAUUUCUCAUUAUUUGCCUGAUCUUCAGCGAUCAAAAUCAGCACUACAGGAACUUACACAGAACCAAGUGGUAUUACUAGAAACAUUAGAACAAGAAAUUUCAAAAUUCAAAGAGUGUAACUCCAUUCUUGAUAUCAACGCUUUGUUUUCAGAAGCUAAACACUAUCACAGCAAGUUAGUGAAUAUUAGAAAUGAAAUGAUGAUGCUUCAUGAGAAGACAUCAAAGUUAAAAAAAAGAGCACUUAAGCUGCAACAAAAGAGACAAAAGGAAGAACUAGAACGAGAACAGCAACGUGAGAAGGAACUUGAAAGAGAGAAGCAGUUAACAGCAAAACCUGCUAGGAGGACGUGAAAGCAGAGCAUGCAACAACUUGUCCAAAUUAAUCAUUUCUGCAUUCUCUGGAAUUAAGGCAGGCUUUGCUUAAACCGGGCUAUAGCUGUUACUAGCAACAGUCUACUCUACGAUAUUACAAAUUCCGGAAUGGUAAUAAUAGAGUUGGGAACAUUAAAAUUUUUUCAUUUUAGCCAUUCAGGUUGCCUUCUUUUGUAAUGCUAUGCAGUUUGAUAUUAUAAUAUAAGUUAAAUUUUUUAUAUAUAUGUAUAUAGGAGAACUUGGGCAUCACAGUUUUAAAUACCCAUGUUCUUCUGGUGUUUAGAAUUCUGAAAGAGAUUUGGUGACUGGCAUACAUGUUUUUCAGACAAAAUACAGAAUACUAGUUAAAGUUCCGUUCUCAUCUCUGUGCUUCAGGGGCUGCCUGUU